GCCGGCCGGAGAUUUGUGGGGCGUAGUCUCCGACUCUGCUGCUGUUGUCUGCCGGUUCGCAAAAUUUGGACAGAGCUGAAUUGCUUAAGUUUGUCAUCAUGGAGGAUUCUGGUGAUGAGGUUGAAACGGCAAUAGCAGCUACAGAUAUACUCGACUAUACUCUUGAUGAUGUCACAAUUGAUGACAGUGAAUUUGACAUUCCUGAAUUAGAUUCAACUCCAAGUCUUGAAAGUAUUCUUAAUGCACCUGAGGAAUCAUUUGAACCUGAUAACCAUUCGCUGAGCUUCUUUCCUGGUGGCCCUGACAACAGUGACAGUGUCUCUUUAUCUGAGACACCAGCAACCCCUGAUAAAUCUCCCUCCACUCACCAGAAGAAGAAUAUCCAAUAUGAGGCACAUGGUUCCAUUCUGAGACAUGUGAUGUUAAGAGGAAUUGCAUCCCAAGUAUCAUCAGCAGCUGAUCGUGUAGAUGCAGGCAAACCCACAGCCAUUGCUAUCUCUAUCCAGAUGGCUGUAGGGACAUCACAUGGUCUCAUCCUUGUAUUUGAUCCCAAGCAAGUUUUAAGAUGGUGCUUAGGUAGCACAGCAGUAGGUGCUCAGUACGGAGCAGUGUCUGCUCUUAGUAUCAACAAUGAUUGUACAAGAUUAUUGGCUGGCUUCGCAAAGGGACAGAUGACAAUGUGGGAUUUGACCUCGGGAAAGUUGUUACGAACGAUCACUGACGCCCACCCACCCGGCUCUGCAGUGCUUCAUAUUCAAUUCACAGAUGAUCCAACUUUAGCCAUAUGUAGUGACUCGGGAGGAUCUGUCUUUGAGCUCAGCAUGAAGAGAGUUAUGGGCAUGAGAACAUGUGAGUCAAGGUGCCUGUUUUCAGGAAGCCGAGGUGAGGUGUGUACCCUGGCCCCACUCAGAAUGGAUACCACUAUAACAAGUCAUCCACUCAAAGAUUUCUCACUUCUUGCCAUGGCUACUCUCUCUAAGGUGUUCAUUGUUGGACUGAGACCUAGGUUAACUGUAAUGUUUACAAAGCAACUCAGAGGUGACCCUUCAACUUUGCCCCUCCUUGCCUGGCAGUUUGUCAUUAUCCAGGUCACUGACACUGCUAAGGUCGUUGACCCUGUCCUUGCCUGUGCUCGAACAAAUACCAUCAACUUCUAUCAGGUGCUAUAUCAAGAAGAUGGUAACAAGGUUAAGUUUGCCCCUCUCCAGAGCAUAAUUCUCCCGUAUAGUCUUCUCAAUGUACAGUGGAUGAAUGCAAAGACUCUAGUGACGGUGGAUACAACGGAGAAGCUCCAUGUCAUCGAUGUCAAGUCAGAAGAAGAGCUGGAGGUCAUUGAUCUUGGAGAUGUUGAGCUAGUUUAUGGUAGCAGUCACUUCAAGAGCCUUGCCACAGGAGGCAACGUCAGCAAAGCAUUGGCACUUGCAGGGGAAAGGGCAUGCUACCAAUCUAUUGCCACCAACAAGGGACAGCUAAUUAUACUUGGUACAAAGUCUCUUCAUGUAAUGAACCUCAGGACAUGGCAGCAGCGACUGGAAGUUUUGUUGAAGGCUGGCAAGUACAAGGACUCCCUCCAGCUUGCCAGCUCCUUUUAUAAUGGCAAAGCAAAGGCAGUGAUAGGUCUUGUAAAGAAGCAACCCCACAGACAGGCAGCAGUUGCUGACAAGAUUCUUCAGAUCUUAUUUGAUUUUGUUGAGAUCUCAAUGAAGCAAGGACCUGAGAGAGGAGCGAUUCACCUGCUAGAAGAACACUUUCAAAGAGUUGUACCAGUUUGUGUAGAACAUUGCCUGAUGCUCGGGAGAAAGGACGUUCUGUUUGGAUCAAUCUACGAGAAGUUCAGACAUGACAUUAUCGCCAAGGGCGUGUACCUAGAGUGCCUGGAGCCGUACAUCCUCAACGACCGUUUGACCUCUGUGACCCCUGAGGUCAUGAAAGAUUUCAUUGAGCACUAUCGAGAGAAAGAGCUGAUAUCCAAUGUUGAGGCCUGUAUAGUGCAUAUGGACAUUGCAAGUUUAGAUAUUCAUCAAGUUGUAUCACUUUGUUGGGCUUACGGUUUGUAUGACGCCAUCAUCUACGUUUACAACAAAGGGAUGAAUGAUUACGUAACUCCUCUGGAAGAGCUUCUUCAGCUGCUUAGAGCUGCUGUCAGAGCUAGCAGUCAACUCUCAGACAACCAAAUAAGACUGGGAAACAAGCUGCUUGUGUAUAUCAGUUGUUGCCUUGCAGGCAGGGCAUACCCUAUGGGGGAUAUACCAACACACCUAGUCCAAGAUGUCAAGCAGGGGGUUUGGAAAUGUCUGACAGCACUUCAUACAAAAGACCCAUCCCCCGAUGAACCAACUUACCCUAACCUUCGAACUCUCCUGACCUUUGACACCAGGGAGUUCCUCAAUGUCCUGUCCCUAGCGUUUGAGGAACCAGAGUUUGACGCACCUCAAGAAGCUAAUUCAAUGCAAUCUCGACAAAGGAUAGUAGACAUUCUUCUGCAAGUCAUGGUAGAAAGCGUUGGCUUUUCGCCUGCUCAGGUUGGCUGUCUCUUCACAUUCCUAGCUCGUCAGAUGGCCAAACAUGAAAAUACUAUAUACGUCAAUAGAAUGCUCUUUGAACAGGUAUUAGAAUUUCUAUCCAAUCCAUCUGGAGAGACAAGGCAUGAAGAGAGGGAGCAGGCUCUCCUGGAGCUCUUGAAUGCGGGAGACCUGCUCCAGGUGGACCAUGAAAGGCUACUCCAGCUGGCUGAAGGAGCCAAAUUCUACCGAGUAUGUGAAGUCUUGUAUGAAAGAAGAAGGGAGUUUGAUAAGAUUCUUCUCUGCUAUUUAAGAGAUUCAUCAAGGAAAGCUACCAUAUUCUCUUACAUCCACCAAGUGAUGAUGGAGAGUUACUACACGGAAGCAGAGAAAGAUGCAGUCCAGAGACAGGCAAUUAAACAUCUUCAGGAUCUUGUUGCCAUAGACAGCAGAGAGACUGCCCAGUUGGUCCUGAAAGUCUUUGCUCAUUCAUUGAGUGAUGUAGUCAUACAACUUCAGAACCAACCAGAACUGCAGUAUGAAUUCCUUGAAGGCGUGUUUGACGGCAGAGAUACAGGUAGCGCCCUCUAUGGACGAGAGGAGGCACAGCCCGACUGCUAUCUACAUGAGAAGUUCCUGGAUCUGAUGUGUACAUUCAAUCCUAAGAAGGUCCUUAACUUUGUUAUGAUGUCAGAGAAUUACAGACUUGAGGAAGCACUUCAUAUUGUACGCAAGCACAAGAUGUCAGAAGCCACUGCCUUUUUGUUGGAGAAAUCUGGAGACAUUCAAGGAGCCUUUGGGAUUCUCAUGGAGAACCUACAGACUAAGGUCAAAGGUCUCUCGGAUGUGGUCAAAGGUCAUGAUGGAAGUCAGAAUGAUGGAAUGGAUAUCACCUUGGGUCUGUCCAAUGUGCAAGUAGUUCUGAUGGUUCUUGUUCAACUUUGCCAGAGGAACUCACCAAAGUUAGAUGAAGAAGGCCGAGAGACAUUGUGGUUCCCUCUCUUGGAUCUAAUGAUGACAACACAGAGAAGACUCAAACCAUCCUUAAUGAGACCCAGUUUGAAAGUUUCAAAGAGCACAAGGCAUGUUUUGAAUAGCAUGAUGGGACAUCUCUCAUUACCCAGAAUCCUUCAAAAAAUAAUGCAGGAUCCCACAUACAGCACUGGAAGGUUUGGAGAGAUCCGUGAGCUCAUUGUUGGAAUGUUGGAAACGUACACAUAUGAAUCUACCUUGCUGAAGACGGCCAAUCGAUUAUUAGACAGGGAUCUGUACGGCUCAGUUAAGAACUUAACUAUGGCUGCCAAUAGAGGGCUCAUGCCUCGUACAGAGAGCUGCAUGAUAUGUGGGAAGAAUUAUUCAUAUUCAACUGAGUCUGAUAACAUACUGAUCUUCAGCUGUGGUCAUACGUACCAUACAACCUGCCUGCAGACAGCUGGCUGUUCAGCCAUGAUAGAUGGGCAGAGACACUGGACAUGCUUACAGUGCUAUUCAGCAAGGAGAGGGGCGGCGCUUACACCAAACAGGAGACCACGCCUCUUUAGCUCAGGGGAGGAGCCUAAGAGAGGAGGAGGGCCAACAUCACCAAGGGGUGGAGCAGCAGGAGGUUCAAAGGAUACUGCCGAAGAGGAUGUUUCCUUGAAUCCAGAACAAGAAGCUUCUCUUGAAAAUCUCAAGAAAUGGACAGAAGGACCAUCUAGAUUGGCAAUCCUGAGCGAGGUACUGCUUUCCCAGCGAGCCAAUCCUUCUUCCAAGGGCCUUGUGAGACCCAAUAGUAUUCUGCAUCAAGAAAGUUUUCGACUGAGACUAGCUCCACCUCCUAUUGAUGAAUGACACCAUUAAAUGUCAAAGACUCAGAGAUACCUCCUCCUCCGCUAAUGAUAAAUGACAUUGUUCUUUGUCAAAGAGAGAGUUGUGACACAAGCUCCUUUCUGUCAUGAUAAAUGGCAUUGUUCUCUCUCAACAUGGUCAUAGAGUGAGACUAGUCUUUCCCCAGAGAUGAAUGGUAUUCUUCUUCAGAGAGCUGAAGCUGAGAUGGGUUCGUAUCCCUUGUGAAGAAAUGACAUUGCGUAUCUAGAGGGCUUUAGACUGACCCUCUUAAAAAGAGUUGCCACUGAUCCGAUCAACCGCAACUAUGGAUGGCCAGCAACGUCAACAUCUAAAAUGCAAAUUUGGUCAAAAUAGUUUCUAGAUAUGAUGAAUAUUCAUACAUUCAUUGUUCUCUCAAAGAUUCAGUGCGAUUCUCUAUGUUUACUAUACUAAAUAAAUUGUGCAAAUUUCCUUUCGGAAAAAAAUUAUGGCAUGGAUGGAUUUCCAUACAGUUGACAUUGAUCAGAUCAAUCGUAUCUCUUUGUAAGACGGAGCCGAGAUUAACCCAGAGGCCGAAUUCUUUAAGGUGGUUUUUUAAAUUAUCAGUUGAACCCAUGGUUUAUGCAGAUUUCCUGUAUGAAUUAUGCUUAUUUACCGCG